AUGGCGUCUUUGUUGCAGUUUCGGGUGGCAUUGCUUAGUGGCAGAAGCAUAGCGCUCGAGUUCGCGUCGACACUUGUGCAAAUCAAAGUACUGGCCGCUAAAUACGCAGCUUGCUGUGCUACCAGAAUCAGGACCUGUUCCGUGUUCCCUUUAGGCUGUUCAUCUGAACUCUCUCGCGUGGAGCCUGUGCGCCUUCUGCCAAGGACCGCCUCCUUGGUGGAGGUGCGCCGCGAGAUUGAGCGCCGCCUGCAUGCGGGAAGCGUGAGCCUGUUCGCUGCAGACGGACGUCACCUAGCAGGUGCCGGCAGUCUAGAGAAUGCGGGUGUCACAGAUGGCAACUGCACUCUCACAGCCACCAUCCAUCCCGCGAGGAUCAUUGGCCAUCGAGAGACUCCAGCCUUCGCGCUGCUUCAAGCGGAUGGUUCUGUGGUCACCUGGGGAAGCCGCGACUAUGGAGGGGAUUCGAGCGCGGUGCAGCAGCAGCUGACGCAAGUCUCGCAGAUCCGAUCCUCGCAUGGCGCCUUCGCGGCCAUUUGCGGAAAGGGCCGCGUAGUGACAUGGGGCGCUUCGCAUUUGGGGGGCCAAUCUUCUUCAGUUCAACACCUCCUGCAGGGAGUCAGGCACCUGGAGGCCUCCCACGGGGCGUUCGCGGCGAUUCUCGACAACGGUGGGGUAGUGACCUGGGGAGACAGCGAUGUUGGCGGGGACAGCAGUCAUGUACAAGAUCAGCUCUUUGAGGUCACCUGCAUCGCCGCCACUUUCGGCGCCUUCGCUGCGCUUCGCAUGGAUGGCCACGUCGUUACUUGGGGUGAUCCGUUCUAUAGCAGCGACAGCAGCAUGGUGCAAGACAAGCUUGUGAACGUUUGCCAGAUCAAAGCAUCUGGCAGAAGCUUCGCAGCAGUGCUGGGAGACGGAAGUGUCGUCGCCUGGGACAGAAGGAAGCUGCAAAGUUGUGGUGGGGACUGCCGUGAUGUCGAGGACAUGCUGAAGGGCGUGCACUUCAUAGCUGCGACAGACCAAGCCUUUGCAGCCCUGCGUUGCGAUGCCCGCGUCGUGACGUGGGGAAACAAGAGGUAUGGAGCAGAGAGCCGCCUCUUCGAAAAUCGUUUGCAAGAUGUGCAGCACAUCCUUGGCUCGGAUCGCGCAUUCGCCGCACUCCUCAAGAACGGCCGCGUGCUGGCAUGGGGCGAUCCCAAAUACGGCGGUGACACUCGUUUCGUCCGAGACGAACUCCAGGACGUGGUGCAGAUUGCCAGCUCCAGCGCAGCCUUUGCAGCGGUCCGCGGUGAUGGCACAGUGGUGACUUGGGGCGACCCGGAAGCUGGAGGCGACAGUCUACCCGUGCAAGCGAAGUUGAGGCAGGUUCAACACGUCACAGGUUCCUUCCAGGCCUUCGCAGCGAUGCUUGUGGAUGGGCAGGUGGUGACCUGGGGAAGCGCCGAGUCUGGUGGGGACUGCGGUGACCUGCAGCUGCUCUCUGCGCAUGGGCAAAACCGGACAUGA